AUGUUUUAUGGUGCUAAGGGACCUCUAUUGAUCGAACGUAUUGGCCAUUUACUCUCUAUCAAUUAUGGAAGUAAAGAAGAAAGAAAAAAAUGGGCCAUUCAAGGGACAGGCUAUUUACAAGAAGUCCAGUGCACAGACACUCCAUAUCUGGAGACUAUUAUAAAGGAGAGUGGGAUUAGAAUCGUCAGUCAACUUGAUAAUUCGCUUGGAAGUAAGCCUCAUUUUUCAUUGCUUGGAGGAUUCGAUGAGAAUAUCGCACGAGAUAUAAUUUCACAUAAUUUCCAUAAUGCAAUAUUUCAGAUGGAGUCUAAAGAAGUUCCCCUGAGCAAGCAAUAUCAGCAUUUAGAAAAAAUCACCCAAGUAUCUUUGUUAUCCAGGAAUUUUAAAGGCAUUGAAGAAAUUGAGUAUAAUCUAAGAAGCAUCAUUAAAAGCCUUCGAAAUUAUGACAUCUCAAAGCCCACACGUUGUGAAAAGGAUUCCAUGAUAAGAGAUCGGAACAAUUAUGAAAUUUCUCAAGAGGAUCUUUUUUCACUCAUCAGAAUACAACUAAUUCUUUGCAUCUCAUAUUUUUUACAGGAAAGAUAUUUUGACUGUUGCACAAGAUUCUUUUCAAUAAUUAAUUCAGAACCUUUGGCCUUGAAAGUUCUUUCCGAGUACGUAGACGGCAUGGAUUUUAUAUCCAAGGAGGAGUUUAUAAUGAUGGUUAAUAUAUCUGUGCUCAUUUCCAUACCAUUGGAUAACUAUGAUGACUUUAUUUACUUGAGCGAUCUAAAGCAAUUUUUCCAAAUGACACCAGUGUUGAUUAAUUGUCUCGAACUGUUGAUCAAUACGAACUUUAACAAGUUUUUUAAAAUUUGGCAUGGUGAGAUAAGUAGGACUUGUAUGGAAAGCCUUUUCCUGGAGCCUAGUUGGUCAUCGUCGGCUGCUAUCAUUAUGAGAUGCAAAAUUUAUUUCUUUUAUUUGAGAAUAUCUAAAAAGCUGCGGUUUACCUAUUUAUCGUCCACGCUUGGUAUUGAUCUGAAAGACAUCAAGGAAGAAUUAACAAAACUCAUAUUGUCAGGACAGCUUAAUUUUGAAAUCGAUGACGAUGUGAUACACUUUGAGGAUAACUCUAUCUUGCAAAAUAUCAUCAAAGAAAUUAGCAAAAAUGGCUCUAUAAUCAAUCAGGCUAUAGGUAAGCUGAAAAAUCAAAACAUGGAUUUGAAAGACAUUAUUAAGAGCAAUCCUAUACAGUGUGGUGGUAUAAAUGACACGAAUGAUAUAAAUAAUGGAAGCAGCGAAGAUAUGGAUAUAGAUGAACUUAACGACAGAAGUGAUAUUAGUGACUCGGAGGGUGGUUUAUUUGAAAGUUGA